AUGGAUCAGUCAACUUCAUACAGACAUGAUUUUUUCACGGGUAUAACAGAAGCCGUCAAUUCUGCCACUGGCUCUCCAAGACCCAGUCCUGCACAGCUCGGUGUGGAAGGUGGAUCACUGCACAAGCUCCUUCGAUCCCGGGAAUAUAACCUCUUUGCUCAGUCUGCCGUCUUUGAAAGUGAUUUUAUUCAGGUGACUAGACGUGGAAACCUUGUGGACAUCCACAACAUCCCAACACUCCUGACUCUGGGAAUAACGGCAUCUGUUCCAUUCUUGCCUCUUCCAAAUAUCUUGAUCAUUGCCAGCAGAGACAGUGAAUCCAAAGGCACAGAGAGAGAAGAAGGAUACAUGAAGAUAACCAGGUGAUAGUGAGAGAAGUAGUUUUCCUAAAUUGCUGAUUGGAUCUUUUAUAAGUCUGUUGGUUACUCAGAACAGGUUUCUGUGAAUUAGCAAGGUUCCCGUCCUAAUUCCCCAGGGAUAGGGAUGCUAAAGAUAGCUCCAGUGUUGCUAAGCCACAGAGUCAUAGAAUCCUACAGCACAGAAACAGGCCCUUUCAGCCCACCUUGACCUUGAGGCCAUCUAUCACCUGCCAGCUCAUGCUCCUCCCCCCACCCUUUUAUUCUGGCUUCUGCCCUCUUUCUUUCCAGUCCUGAUGAAGGGUCUUGGCCUGAAACAUUGACUGUUCCUUUUCCUCCAUAGAUGCUGCCUGACUUGCUGAGUUCCUCCAGCAUCUUGUGUGUGUUGCCCCAGAUUUCCAGCAUCUGUAGUCUCUCUCGUGUCUCCACUAUUAUGAAGAAAUAUAGUUUACCAGCCUAA